AAGACUCUCUCCAGGUGACACAAUCGCAGCGUCCCGAAAGUCCAUCUGAGCUCGGCUCACCAGGACGACGAAGAAAAAUGGGUUCGACUCGCAAGAGUCCCAGACAGCAACUGCAAGUGAAAAGGAAGAUGAGGAGAUGGCAGAAGACUUGGAGAAAAAUAAGCAAGAACCAAAAGUUCUCAAAAAGGACCUUGAAACAGCUGAGGAAUCUAAAGUGUGUGAGAUCGAAGAUCAAGAGGGGAAUAAAGAAUGUCUUGAUGUACCCAUUGGACUCAAAACUAGCUGUCAACUAGAGGAAAGUGCUAAGUCUGGCAUCCAAGAAAGUACUUCACCAUCAACUAAAAGGAAAUUUGGGUCAAGGCGCACCAACAUGGCCAAGAGGGACUUGGGUGAGCUGAACCCAUCUGAAAGUGAGAAUGAAGAACGCCACAGUGAUGACAUAAUGAUCAAAAAAGCAGGACAAACUGGCAGAAGUCCUGGACAAAAACAGGCAAUUGAUUUAAAGAACAGGACUGAACAAGAUAUGGAAAUGGUUCAGUUUAAUGUGGUGAUGGUGGGAGACAGCUGCGUGGGAAAGACAUCUUUCGUAAGACGCUUCCAUAAAGGAUACUUCACUCCAGAUUACUCUUCUACUAUUGGUGUUGACACCUGCGUACAGAAUGUUGUGUUGGAUGAAAGAGUCGUUAAACUGCACAUAUGGGACACAGCGGGUCAAGAAAGGUUUCACAGCAUUACCACCCAGGUGUUUCACAGGGCCAAUGGCCUUUUGCUCAUGUAUGACAUUACAUCAUCAAAGAGUUUUAUGUCUGUGAGAAAUUGGAUUACUCAGGUUCAGGAAAAGGCUCCUGAUGAUGUCGUCAUGAUGUUGCUCGGCAACAAGAACGAUUCUGUGGAGCGUGAAGUCCAGGUUCAGGAAGGGGAGGAUCUCGCUAGAGAGUAUAAGAUUCAUUUCAUGGAGUGCAGUGCUGCGACUGGAGAUAAUGUGUCAGAAUGCAUGAAGAGUUUAGCUGAGUUGUUAGUGCAGCGGAAGAGACAAAAGGUGGAAAAACACACAGCAUUGAAGAGAGAACAACCACAGAAGAAGUCUGGUUGCUGUUGAAGUCACAAGACCACACAAAUAAAUACAUACACUUCUCAAAAUACAAAUCAUAUAUUUAUAUGAUUUGUAUUUUGAGAAGUGUUUGUGACCUCAUUCUCUAUGAGCAGAUGUAGGCUAUGUCCACACGAAGCCGGUGCAUUCCCUAUCCGAUCAUUUUUUUUCCUUGCUCUUAAAAAAUAAUCCGUAAACACGAAACCACUGAAAUCGACUGAAAGCGUUGUAGUAUAUAUUCCGGACCAGUAUGGGGCGUUGUAAUUCUGCCACAGAUAUACACUAUACACGGAGAAGAAGACUUUGAGCAUGCGCAUAACCAACGUAUGGUGUUGUCCAUUAUCGCUUGUUGGUCACCACAAUUGCAUAGAAGCAAUAGAUUUUGCUGUAAUAAAGCUAGUAGGCUUUAGUAGCUUCUGUAGCACGAACACAAUCACGUAGUCCGCCGUUAUUGUUGUUGCUGUUACGUGUGACGCUUCCGACACGUGAUGUGAUGACGUUUUCGCUUCACAAAAUAUACGGAUUGGCUGUACAGACGAAACCGCAAGGGUGUCGGUUUCAGAUUUAUCCACUUUAGGACCCGGUUUCAAAUAAUAGCGGAUUCAGUCUCCCAAAACGCCGGAUCCGUGUGGAUGAAACACCAAUACGAUAACAAAUUUAUACGUAUAAAGUGAUACGCGUCUCCGUGUGGACAGCCCCGUAGUCUCUGAACUAGUGUUGCAUGAAUACUAAAUGACAUUUUGUAUUUUAUAA